AUGUUUCUCAAACCGAAUAUUACGCUUUUGGAAGAUAAAGAAUUUUAUCCUGCUCUGGACAUGCUUGAGAGAGGAGUGAAAUCACAUUUUCCAGUUGUUUUGGUUCCGGGAAUUGUCUCAACCGGAUUAGAAAGUUGGAGUACGUCAAAUUGUUCACGGCCAUAUUUUCGGAAACGAAUGUGGGGAACAACCACAAUGUUUCGCGCCGUGUUAUUGGAUAAGGAAUGUUGGAUAGAAACCAUGAGACUUGAUCCCGACACCGGUUUAGAUCCACCAAAUUUUAAAUUGCGAUCUGCACAAGGUUUGAUAUUUAAAUUAUAUUGGGUGUGGGGUAAAUUGAUACAAAAUUUUGCAGCAAUUGGUUAUGAUAAUAAUAAUAUGCAUCUUGCUGCUUAUGAUUGGAGACUCUCAUUCUAUAAUCUUGAGGUUAGAGAUCAGUAUUUUUCUAAGCUUAAAGCGACUCUUGAACUUGCUAAAAAAGUUGAUGGAAAGAAAAGUGUGAUAGUUAGUCAUUCGAUGGGUUUGUCAUUAGGAUUGGUGACUCUUUAUUUUUUUAAAUGGGUUGAAUCACCUACGGGAGGAAACGGAGGUCCAAAUUGGGUGAAUGAUUAUGUAGAAGCAUUUGUGAAUAUAGGUGGACCAUUGUUGGGCUUACCUAAAGCUUUGUCAGCAUUACUUUCAGGUGAAAUGCGUGACACCGUUGAAUUAGGAGCUUUUGGAAUUUAUGUACUUGAACGUUUUUUCUCAAAGUUAGAACGUGCAGACUUAUUUCGUACUUGGGGAGGUCUUUCUUCGAUGUUACCUAAAGGUGGGGAAGAAAUUUGGGGAAAUGAAUUCCAGGCACCUGAUGAUAGUGAUGAUACACAAGGAACUUACGGUUCCAUGUUAACAAUGCGAUCAUUAAUUAAAAAGAAAGAGAAUCCCAGUGAAUCUAGCGAUAUAGUAAAAGUAAGAAACCACACAUGUAAAUCUGGUGUACAUUUUUUACAAAAGCAUACGCCAAAUAGAUUUAGUGAAAUGUUAACAAGAAAUUAUAGUUUUGGAGUAGUCACUGAUGAAGAACAAAUGCAAGAGAUAAAAGAAGAUCGUACCAAAUGGACAAAUGUGUUGGAAUCUCAGUUACCUAAUGCGCCUGAUAUGAAAAUAUAUUGCUUAUACGGAUAUGGGAAAGAAACUGAAAGAAAAUAUUAUUAUGCACGUGAACAGCUGGAGGACGAAGAUGAUGAUGAUGAUGAUGAUGUUGAAGAUGAAAAUCAAGAAAAGCGUAAACGCUUCAGGGAUAAACUUGGAGGAUUUUUAAGAAAUGUAUUUAUUGAUAGUUCAGUAAGUUCUGAUAAGGAUCCUAAGAUAAAAAGUGGUGUACAUAAUGGAGAAGGAGAUGGUACAGUACCAUUACUUUCUUUAGGAUACAUGUGUGUUAAAGGAUGGAAAAAUCCCUUAUAUAAUCCAGCAGGAAUUAAAGUCAUUACACGAGAAUUUCAACAUCAGGUAGGACCACCUUUGGAUUUGCGUGGUGGAGAAAAUACAGCAGAUCAUGUUGAUAUACUUGGAAAUUAUGAACUCACGAAGGACAUAUUGAAAAUUGCAUCUGGAAGUGUUAACGAUCUCGAAGAUCGUAUAACUUCUGCUAUUCGAGAAUUUGCGGCUAAAGUUAAAUUAUAA